AGAGAGAGAGAGAGAGAGAGAGAGAGAGAGAGAGAGAGAGAGAGAGAGAGAGAGAGAGACUGCAGCAUCGCUGGAGACCGGCAGCAGCAGCAGUCCCAAGCAGUGCAGGUGAGAGGGGGGGAAAGCCAGAGGAGGAGGAGGCGCAUGUGGAGGAUAGAGAGAGAGAGAGAGAGCGAGAGAGAGAGAGAGAGUGAGAGAGAGAAUGCGGGACUCUUGGAAAAAGACGCAUCUACACUCGGUCCAUCACCGAGACAUCCAUCCCGAACACAGGGCUGCGCAGGAUUACUCUGAAUUGACGCUGCUCUCGGGAUCUCCCUUUUAGCUCGCCAAGAGAGGCACUCGUUUUCUGUUUUAUGUGAAAAAAAAAUUAUGACGAGAAACUCCCCCUGAAAAGCACUCUUGUCCUCCUCAUAACUUGCGUGGAGGAAUCCGACGGCUUGGCACGUUGCUCCACUGCGGAGGAGAAAAAAAGGAGGAAAACGCAGCUGGAUCCGAAGCAGGAUGGAUUUUUUGAUACCACUGUGGCAUGAACAGCCCAGCAAGACUACGGAAUUAUUAUUAUAGAAGUUGCAACAAAAAACCCCACCGCUGAGUAUAGGAGGAGAAUAAAAGAGAGGAGCCUGCACCGCUGAAGUGAACUACAGAGAGAGUGAGAGUGCAGAAGAAGCUUUUCCCCGGACCUCAGGCGGCAGUCCGCAGAGAGCGAUAGGGAGAGGGUGAGAAAGGAUAAAUCAAACACCCACGCUGAGGUGAGGUACACCAGACCACAAAACACCAAUAAAGAAGAGACGAGCCUCGCAGCUUGGAGGCAGACAGAGCGGGAAGGAGAGAGGCGAGAGGAAAAGAAGGAGCCAUGCAGAGGCUUGGUGCAGUGCACUCCUCCGCGGCGCAGGCUCUCAGCCUCGUGGUCUUAGUGCUGCAGCUGCUGACUCAGCCACCGGGUGCCGACUCAGCUCUCCGGUACCGGGUGGCGGAGGAGGGCCCACCUGACGUCAAGAUCGGCAACGUGGCCGCCGACCUGGGCCUCACGGCAGGUACGGGCAGCGGGGACGUCACCUUCGCCCUGGAGAGCGGCUCAGAGUACUUCAAGAUCGACAACGUGACAGGUGAGCUGACGACAGGCCCACGGCGCAUCGACAGGGAGAAGCUGCCUCAAUGUCAGAUGAUAUUUGAUGAGAACGAGUGUUUCUUGGACUUUGAGGUGUCAGUGAUAGGGCCGCUGCAGAGCUGGGUAGACCUGUUCGAAGGUCGUGUGGUCAUAACAGACAUCAAUGACAACACACCUUCCUUCCCCUCACCUGUGCUCCAGCUCUCAGUUGAGGAAAAUCGCCCAAUAGGAACCCUUUACCUGCUGCCCACAGCAACAGACAGGGACUUUGGACGAAAUGGUAUUGACCGGUACGAGCUGAUCCAAGAUGGUGGAGCUGGGACCAGUUCAGCUAGGCGCACAUCAGGAGGGAACCCCAUCACCAGAGUAGAUGGACUUGCGGAUAGGAGGGGAAGAAGUGGAGAUAAUGCAGGAGGAGCCAGGAGCAGUGUGUUUGAACUACAAGUUGCGGACAUACCAGAUGGCGAAAAACAGCCACAGCUCAUUGUGAAAGGCACAUUGGAUCGUGAGCAAAAAGACUCCUAUGAGCUCGUCCUCAGGGUUCGAGAUGGAGGGAACCCACCACGUUCCUCCCAAGCCCUGCUUCGUGUUUCCAUCACCGAUGUGAAUGACAACAGCCCACAGUUUGAGAGGUCCACAUAUGAGGCAGAAAUGGCAGAAAAUGCUCCUCCAGGCACACCUGUCCUCCAGGUGAGAGCUUCAGACCGUGACAUUGGAGUCAACGGGCAGGUGGAGUAUGUCUUUGGAGCUGCUACUGAGUCUGUCAGGCGACUCCUGCGGCUGGACGAGGCCACCGGUUGGCUGAGCGUUCUUCACAGGAUUGACAGGGAGGAGGUGGCUCAACUGAGGUUCACUGUAAUGGCCAGGGACAGGGGUCAGCCUCCCCGCACUGACCGAACCACUGUAGUUUUGGCCGUCCGAGAUGAAAAUGACAACGUCCCGGUCGUAGAGAUCCGAAAGAUUGGACGGAUCCCUGUUCGAGACGGUGCAGCAUUAGUACCAGAGAAUGUUUUGGUGGACACGCCAGUAGCUCUGGUACAGGUGUCAGACAGAGACCAGGGAGAGAAUGGGGCUGUGACAUGCACAGUUGUAGGAGACGUCCCAUUCACACUGAAGCCAGCUGGUGAAACAGCACUCCCACCCCUACCUGCAGAUGAAGCCUUCGACAGGAACAAGAAAAAAUACUUCUUACAUACUUCCGCCUUGCUGGACUAUGAGACCACCAAAGAGUACAGUGUUACUAUUGUGGCUGUAGAUUCUGGAAGCCCCAGUCUGUCCAGUAACAGCUCACUGAUGGUGAGAGUGGUAGAUAUCAAUGACCAUGCCCCAACCUUUGCCCAGAGUGUUGUGGAGGUCCACUUUGCAGAGAACAACUCACCUGGUGAGAGGGUAGUCACUGUGGUGGCGACAGAUGCAGACAGUGGCAAGAAUGCAGAGAUUGCAUACUCCUUGGACCCUGCAGCUAAUGGGCCAUUUUACAUAGAUGCAGAUAAUGGAGAUAUCCGCGCCACUGGGGUUCUGGACCGUGAGCAGCGAGAGAGGUAUGAACUCCGGGUUAUUGCCAAGGACAAGGGCACCCCCUCUAUGCAGGGCUCUGCGACUGUUGUUGUUCAGGUGACCGACCGAAAUGACAAUGCGCCAAAGUUUGUUCAGGAAAUCUUUACGUUCUACGUCAAAGAGAACCUGCUUGCCAACAGCCCAGUUGGCAUGGUCACUGUUACUGAUGCUGACGAAGGCGAGAACGCAGAACUUAGUCUGUUUGUAGAGAUGGAUGGAGCUGACGAGAAGAGGGCAGGUGAGAAGAUGGAGGGUGAAGAUGGAGAGAAAGAGCGAGGCGAAGAAGUGUUUUCCAUCGAGAACAACACAGGAACUAUCUUCUCCUCUGCAUCAUUUGACCGUGAAAAGCUCUCCACCUACACCUUCCGUGUCCGGGCUGUGGAUGGAGGGGAGCCCCGCAAAACUGCCACUGCUACUGUCUCACUCUUUGUGACAGAUGAAAAUGACAAUGCCCCCUCAAUCACCUCUCCAGCCAACGAGUCCUACACCCUUCUCCCACCUGCCAGCAGUGCCCGCACCAUCGUCAGGACUGUGACUGCCAUAGACUCGGACACAGGCCCAAAUGCGGACCUUCGCUACGCUCUAGUGGGGGGAAAUCCCUUCAGACUGUUUGAGAUUGGUCACACCAAUGGAGUGAUCACCCUGGCAGAACCCCUGGAGCGGCGCCACAAAGGUCUGCAUCGCCUGGUGGUCCGGGUCAACGAUAGUGGGGUCCCCUCUCUCUGUGCCACUGCCCUGGUUCAUGUCUUCAUUAAUGAGAGCUUGGCCAACGCCACCCUGGUGGAUGCACAGGUGGCCCGAAGUCUGAUGGCACCACUGUCUCUGGACAUCGCAGGGGACCCUGACAGUGAGCGUGCAUUAGGGAAACAGCGCCUCAGUGUAGCUAUCGGUGUCCUGGCGGGAGCUGCAGCGGUCAUCCUGGUGAUUCUGCUUGUGGUCACAGCUCGGCAGUGCGGUGCUCAGGGGAAGAACGGCUACGAGGCCGGUAAGAAGGAGCCAGAGGAAGACUUCUUCAGUCCUCCCGGGGCUCAACCACAGGCCGGGCGUGGUGGGGGAUCAGACCGUGGGCGCAAACCUCGACGGGACAAACGCAACGGAAGUGGCGGUAGUGCAGUAGCAGGAGGAGGGAAGUCAGACAGGUCACUCUACAGCGGUAUCGUCACAGUCAACGGACUGCGUCGCCACGCCAAUGACGAUGAUGAGGAGGAUUUGAGUAGUGCCAGCGAGCGCCUGGCAGCCCGCUACUGUGCUGUGGACGGUGACCCCGGCAGCCCGCGGAUGGGCGGUGGCAGGAGGCACCAGUCGAGCCCAGAUCUUGCCAGGCACUACAAAUCCAGCUCACCUCUCCCUGCAGUGAACCUACAGCCCCACUCCCCCCCAGCUGAGGGAAAGAAGCACCAGGCGGUCCAGGAGCUGCCCCCCUCCAACACCUUUGUGGGCAGUGGAGGUUGUGUGGGGAGCGCCGGCUCCAGCAGCAGCAGCAGUGGGGGAAGUGGCAAUGCAGAUGCCAUGUCCCUGGGAUCUGACCAGUGCUCAGAGUACGGCUGCCAGACUGGGAACAAGUACAGCAAACAGGGGACCCUUCGCCGGGUGACCUUCUCGGUAGUCAGCCAGCCCCAGGACGGUGGUUGCUAUGACAGUGGCAUGGAGGACUCGGAGACACCGAGCAGCAAGAGUUCAUCUGGGCCACGGCUGGGAGCUCUGCCGCUGCCCGAGGAAGGCUACGAGCGAACCACACCGGAGGGCAGUGUGGGGGAGGAGGAGCAUGUGGAGAACGAUGCCAGACAGCUGCCAGACGUAGCUCUGACAGGAAAGUGUACCAGGGAGUGCGAUGAAUUUGGCCACUCUGACACUUGCUGGAUGCCUGUCCGCCCUUCCCCUCACCAGCGCCAGCGCCACGGCAGCGACCCCCCGCGGCUCUCCACCUUUGCCCCGGGAGAUGAUAACAACAAUCUCCGUGGUAACGACCAUGAGAGCGACAGUGAGAGUGCCGGCAGCGCAGGGAGCUCAGAGCCUGGGGUGGUCGUCAGUGGAGAAGGUCAGCGAUUACCCUUGGCCAACGGGGAUCCUCUUGGCACCCUGGGUAGCGGAGACCGCAACAGGAACAUGGGCGAUCACAACCGUAACCUUCUGAACCGCAAGAUGACUUCAGCAUCCUACGACACCUUUAGUAGCGCGGGCUUCGGGAGGCGCCAGCAAGAGGAGGAAGGAGGAGAGGGCCAGAAACCACCUGAGGUCAUACCACUGACGCGGACAGGAGGGGACUACAAGACCACAUCCUGUCUCACAUUGUCUCGCCGCGAGGUCUACCUGUGACAGCUUUGCAACGGAGCAAUCACCACACAAUUCCUUUUUCUUUAAUAGAGGGAGGGUUAAGACUCUAUUGGCAAGUCAUCAGUUUGGAGGGCCUUUUAAAUCUGUGAAGAUGUGAAAAUGUCAAGGAAGAUGUUUUCCAAAAGCUGCGUAUCAAAUUGGAACUUUUGGAUUCUGACUAAUAUUUAUCGGCACUUAAACUUAAGCAAGCGAUGGAUCAACUCUUUGGAGAGCCCUGACCACAAGUACUUUGUAAAAAAGUGUUUUUUUAAAACUACCAGUGAAAGUUGUUGGCAGGCAAAGGUCCUGUCAUGUCCUUGUGGAGGAGGACAACUUCAUCUCCUCUUCUUUUUACUUGAAUCCAAUGCAUGCCAGAGGGAUCUGUGUGAAGAGGAGAGAGAUUGAGACUGAGUAAAUCCUGGUGUUAGAAAUGCCUCAAUACAUAUAAAAACUUUCUCUGAGGCUACAUCAGACCAGAUUUGGACUCAGCUGAUGAACCAUCUUCUGAAAAACCACUGAGGUCUUAACCAGUAAAAACAGAUGAAAAGAAGUAACGGGUCUUUGAUUGAGUUAUUUGGAUCUAAUUCAAACCAAUCAAACUUUAUAAUGCCUAAUCAUCUUUAUCUUAACACAAAACGGGAAUAUUAACCAAUGAAACUGCUAAGCCCGUGAGAAUCUUAAGUCAUAAACAGAGUAUCAAAGUACCAACAAAUGUGUGGUCACUGUACAGUUACACAGUAGAAAAAAAUAAAUGUGCUGAUCUCAAAAAUCAGGUACUGUUUAAAAAUAGAAAUAAUUCAGAACAAACUUCAACAGUGUGAAAACAAAGACUUUUUUUUACAGUUAUCAAAUGUAACCAUUCAAAAUACAAGGUUCUCAUAGAGUGUCAGUAGUGCCACAGUUUGUCCGGCGUGUGUGAAAAUAUGUGUUUAUUAUUUUGCCUUCACGCCCAGUCUGUAUGUAUAUAUUGUGUGUGUAUUGAUAAAAACUGCAGCAUUCUCUCUGCUGCGUGUCCACCAUUUCAGAGUAGACUGAGGUGCUGAGGUCACAACGCACCCACGGUAUCCUAACAGUGUUCAUGUAUCAUAAAUGUUUGAUCAUACACAUGCACACAUGUACACAUGCACGCAUGCACGCACUUACACACACAGGCCUUAGCAUGUAAACAUAAACUCAUACAGUGCAUUAACAGAAUGUGAACAUGCAUAGGGCCACAGUUUAUGACAUGAUUCAGUGGCAGUGUAACAUAAAGUAUAUAAUAACUUGCAUUAACUUUCAUUCAGAAAACAUUACACACACACACACACACACACACACACCAUAUUAAUACAUAAGUAGAAACACAAAACCAUAUUAAGAUGUGCGCAAUGCGCAAAAUUCAUAUGCACUAUGUGUGUAUGUGCUCUCAAUCAUAAUUUUUUACAUAUUGCCUCUCAUUGAACUAGCUGUAGCAUUUUGCCUGCUCCCCUCCAGCCAGUAUUUAAACAUGAAUUGUAUUUAAAUAAUUACUCAUCUCUCUGACUGACUGGGCUACAUUAAAGGGAAUUUCAAUGACAUCACUGUAUGUAAUGAUAAACAAUGUGGGAACAUGAGAUAUUCUGCAUACUGUAAGUAGGACUCAUAGAAAAACCAAAUUUCUGUAAUUUCUGUAAGGAAAAAAAAGGAAACGAAAAAAAGACUCUGCAUGAAAGAAAGAUAAUGCUAACUUUUUUUCUCUCUUUUUUUAAACCACACGCCUUUUUAGAUACCACGCCUAUUUGGAUACAUCUGUAUUAAAUGUGUGUGCUAAGGGGAAAUGGAGAUAAUGAUGGCAGCAAGGGAGUUAGCUUCAGUGGAUUAAACUGUUGCUUCUUUAUCACAGAGCAAGCUUGGGCUAACCUUGGGUCUUUCUCUCAGUUUCCACACCCCUGAGUUGGCACGAAGGGUGCCGCAGGCUGUAACAAAAAAGAACACAAUGUAGUGGGAGCACAGAGUUCUGCUGCGACCCUUUUCACCGCACAGUGCCGACCUGAACACGCCCAUACUGCUGUGCUGAACCGCGUAGAUAACAAACUCCUUCACAUUUGUCCUUCCCAGCAGCUACUGCACGACUCCAGACACACUCUGCUGCACUGGGCUGAAGAGUGGGUGUGGAUCGAGGCCAGCACAUCUUAAUUCCCAUCAUCAGUGUGUGGUUCAGUGGUGUGAUAGGGAUAAUAGGGUUAGGUCGUCCCUGUGGUCUUAAUGAGUUUCCUUUCUCCUCUCUUCUCCUCUCUUGAUCUGCACUGAUCUCAUUAACGUCUGGAUAGGCGAAUGUAACACUGCUGGAAAUUGCUAGCAAGUGUGUCUCUUCAUUUUUUUCUGGUUGUUUUGAAUUAGAUGAGGUGAAAGAGAUGUAUUUAUAAGAAUAUACUGCAAUUUAGUUUAGAGAUCCUUCCCGAGCUUAGAGUCAGAAACAAGAGCAACACUCAGGUAAGAUGCAUGACAGUGUUAAACCUAACUACUUGUGGUUUAGGACACACACAAACCCACACACUGUUGCUGCUUGACUGCCCCCUCACUAAAACUGUAAUUUUUAUGUGGAAACAGUUAAGUAGUAAGUAUCAUAACUCUUCUUGAUUUUUCAGUCGUUAUCAGGCUGAGAAAUGGGAGCGCUCUACGUGCGUUAAAACAAUUUGUAUACCUGUAUAUACCUUCAACUUUACAACUCUGUAAGCUUGUUCUGGACCACUGAUGUACUUACUCCCUAAGCCUUCAUUAGCCCCAGUUCCCCAACAUGGCUGUUUACUGAGCUCUGUUAUCGAUGGACUGUGCUGAGGAUGCGAUAAAACUCGAGGCUUAACAUAUGGAGUUAUUGUUCGUGGAGAGUUCACACUGAAAAGGGAUUUGUGCAAACAAUCACAACAUCCUGCAGGGUACAUACAUUGAGACAUGUGCUCAUUCUCUGGGAUAAAUGUGUCUCAAUCGCCUUGGACGACAGAAAGGUCUCGAAGAACUAAUGUCCAGUUUGUGAGUUUUGGAAAGAGACUCUUGACACAGCCCUGCCUCAACAAAGUGGCAGAUAUUUCUUCAAACUGCUGUUUUAUGGCAGUUCCAUUAUGGCACCUUUCAAACCCCUCUGAUCUGGAUUUAAGGGAACUUGCUGUACAUGAAUUUGUGUGGGUGUGUAUCUUUUUUUAUACUGCACGUUUAAACAUGAAUAUGUUUCAGUCUACUGCAAAACACAGAGGGGAGACAGACAGAGAAGAGCGUUAACGUCUGAGAUCUGUCACCCAGUAAUCAAGACAUUUUUAAAAACAGACGCUUCAGCGGACAUCAUGUACCUGUCAUUCCCCUCGUGCUGUUAUCCUUAUAGCCAUGUACAGAUAAAACUACACUGUAGAACAGAAAACUGGAAUCCAUAACAGACAAUGGCAUGCUUAAGGUCUUCAAAUCUGCACUUGAGAAAAAAAUGAGAAAAAACUGUUAUUUUUAUUUUCCUCUUCUUUGUUUUCUUUUCUUAUGGGGCUGGCUCUGUUUUUUGCUGCUCCCAUCCUGUAAUUACGUAAUGAACUAAUUGCAUUUGCUAUGACGAGGAAGAAGAGGAGCUGUCGACGAAUGGUUUGGUAUGAAGAUGAAUCAUGUAAAAGUUUGACUUUGACAUUAAAAACUUCAAACACUC